AAACGACGGUUGCGUAAUUAAAUUUUGGAAGUCGGGUCGUGCCGAGUUUUUCAGUUUUUGAACGAGAAGCUUAGAAAGCAGAAUGCCAGAGCUCCAUGAACUGCCUGCUUCCAAGUUGAAUGUCUCACCAGAUGACUCAAAGGCAAUAUUAAGGUCCAAAGUGUGGGACUACCUCGAGGACUCUGGCCUGGCUUCACAUCCUAAAAUUCCUAGAAGAAGAAUUUCAAAUUUCAGGGGGUCAGAGGAGGCUUGUGAUAGAAUAACUGAAUUGGAUGUCUUCAAGAAGGCCCAAAUUUUAAGGAUUGAUCCGGAUAGGCCAUUGCAGGAGAUCAGAUUCAAAACAUUAGAGGCUGGCAAGACAUUGUUAGUGCCAACUCCUUCCCUGAAGAAUCAUGUCUUCAGCAAGAUUGUACCUCCUGCCGACUGUCCUCAGAAGCUGCUCAGAAGUUGUGCGGCCAGGCAGGGCAUUAAAGAUUACAGCGAAGCCAUAGAUAUUGAUGAGAAGGUCAAAGUUGAUGCGGUUGUUGUUGGAUGUGUUGCUGUGUCAACAAAAGGGUGGAGAAUAGGAAAAGGUGGAGGUCUGUCAGAUCUUGAGUAUGCCAUGAUGGCUUCAUUGGGAGUCGUCAAUCAGAAAGUUCCCAUCAUCACCAUGGUGCAUGACUGCCAGAUUCUCGAUUUGCCUGACUCACUUUUUGGAUUGCAUGAUUUGCCAGUUGACUACAUUGUCACACCAACUCAAAUCAUUGAAUGCACAGGUCACUUGCCUAAGCCAUCAUCUAUUCUGUGGAAUUUGAUGAAUGAUGACAAACUGAAUCAUAUUCCAGUCUUGAGGCGUAUCCGUUUCAGGGAUUGGAAAGAGGGUAAAGAUGUCAAACUAGAAGGGGAAACUGAAAAUCCUACUGAAUUGACAGAUGAUGAUAGCUCAAAUCGCAGACGAACUCGCAACAGCAGUAGCGAGAAACGAGCCGACAGCUCUAAUGAAGAAAGGAGUCGCAACAACAGAUACAAGAAACCAGUUUUCAGUGCAUAUGAAGGAUCCAUAUAUGCUGGCAGUCUGCCCCGCUUUUUGAGGGUUAGCCAGUUCAAGACUGAGGUGAGAGAGCGCAAAGUCAACCCGUUGAGAAUUUUGUGGCGCGGAUAUUCAGGAUUUGCCUUUCUCAACUUCAAAAGCAUGCAGGACGCUGAAGAUGCAUUAGUCGCAUUAGAAGGUUUGCACAUCAAUGACAAGGCCAUCAAGUUUGAAAUGGCCAAAUCUGCGUCAGGGGGUAGAGGUCGUGUGAGAUCCUCUACCAAUGAGGACAACAAUAAAAAAGAGUAACCGGUCAUCAAUCUGCUACAAAAUAAAGGGAAAAGUUAAAAAAUUGCAGUCAGAAUGAAUUUUUAUCAUUUUAACUUGGUGCGUAUUUGUAUAUACUAUCAUAUCAUUUUAUGUCCAUAUGCCUUAUUCUGCGUAUUUAAAUAUUUUGAUGUAUUUUCCAUAAUUUUUUUUCUAACUUAGUUAAAUUAUAUAUCGAAAAUCUGGCUAAGGAAUCCAGAUUAUUUCAAUGUUUUAUUUCAGUUUUGAUUUUAAAUGGCAUGAUUUAUAUUUAUUUUCAUUAAGAAUUUGUUUUGAGCUUGCAUUUUGCGUAAACUUGUUUUCUCAGGAUGAUGUUAUUCCUAUACGUUUAUUUAAGAUUCGUUUAAUUUUUGUUGACAGUUUGUUUUGUUUAACCAGAAAAAUAUUUUUUUAUUCUAUUUGAUACAUAGUAUAUAUAUAUAUAUAUAUAUAUAUAUAUAUAUAUACGAAAAAUGAAAUUU